AUGAUUUCAAUAAAAUCGCCGUCUCCGAUGCCGGUGUCCUGCGCACAGGCUCUGCUCGGUGUGGGCUGUUUGGCUUUCGCCCUCUUCGCUUUCGUGCUGGUCCGCCAGCUCGUCAAGCAGAGAAGACCCCCUGGUUUUCCUCCCGGUCCAUCUCCCAUCCCUGUGAUAGGAAACAUUUUUUCCCUAGCCACCGAGCCGCACGUCUUUCUCAAGAAGCAGAGUGAAGUUCAUGGACAGAUUUUCAGUCUUGACCUGGGAGGCAUCUUGACUGUGGUAUUAAAUGGAUAUGACUGUGUCAGAGAAUGUCUUUACCAUCAGAGUGAGGUGUUUGCUGAUCGGCCAUCGCUACCUUUAUUCAAGAAAAUGACCAAAAUGGGUGGGCUUCUUAAUUGCAAAUAUGGCAAAGGCUGGACUGAACACCGUAAACUGGCCUGCAGCUCUUUUCGUUACUUUGGCAGUGGCCAGAGACUGUUUGAGAAGAAGAUCUCAGAGGAGUGCAUGUUUUUUGUCGACGCCAUCGAUGAACACAAGGGAAAACCCUUCGACCCCAAACAUCUUGUGACAAACGCAGUGUCCAACAUCACCAAUCUGAUCAUUUUUGGACAGCGUUUUACCUACGAUGAUCGCAACUUCCAGCACAUGAUUGAGAUAUUCAGUGAAAAUGUGGAGCUAGCAGUGAGCGGCUGGGCCCUCCUCUACAAUGCCUUCCCUUGCAUUGAGUAUGUGCCCUUUGGAAAACAUCAGAAGCUGUUCCGCAAUGCUGCUGAAGUUUAUGACUUUCUACAGGAGGUUAUAAAGAGUUUUUCACAGGGCAGGGUGCCCCAUGUACCGCGUCACUAUGUUGAUGCCUACUUGGAUGAGUUGGAGCAGAACACAGGCAAUCACGGGUCCUCCUUUUCUUAUGAGAAUCUCAUCUAUUCAGUGGGUGAGCUCAUUAUUGCUGGUACAGAGACUACAACUAACACCCUGCGCUGGGCCAUGCUCUACAUGGCCCUGUACCCUAACAUCCAAGAGAGGGUGCACAAGGAGAUCGACAGCGUGCUGGCCAACGGGAGGGCACCCACCUUGGAGGACAAACAAAGGAUGCCGUACGUAGAGGCUGUGUUGCACGAGGUCCUUCGCUUCUGCAAUAUUGUACCACUCGGGAUUUUCCGUGCCACCUCCCAGGAUGCAAAAGUCAAUGGCUACACAAUUCCCAAAGGCACCAUGGUGAUCACAAACCUCUACUCAGUGCAUUUUGAUGAGAAGUACUGGAACGAUCCAGGUGUUUUCUCACCACAGAGGUUUCUGGACAGCAGAGGCAAUUUUGUGAGGCGCGAGGCUUUCCUUCCAUUCUCCUUGGGGAGGCGUCACUGCCUGGGUGAACAGCUGGCCAGAAUGGAGAUGUUUCUCUUUUUCACCACUUUGUUGCAGAGGUUUCAUCUUCAGUUCCCUCCAGGAGCUGUCCCAACUGUCACUCCCAAACUGGGCAUGACCUUACAGCCCAAGCCUUACUACAUCUGUGCGAUCCGCAGGCAACAGAAACUUCCCUACUCUGGACACACUCCUUAUCACAAGUAG